CUUUUCUUUAUAGACUAACUUUCCAUUGCUAGAACAUAUUAAGAAGGAUGUCUGCUUUAAAGGGGAAGUUAAGAUUAGAUGAAGAUGAUCACAAUAUUAGGGGUUUUAACAAUAAAUCGAGGUCAACAAACCAGAAGAAUGUGUCAAAAACCAUUGUAAAACAAUACACGCUGUUAUUCCUGGGAUUUGUGUUAUCAAGCCAUGUGGCGAAUGCGAACGGUUCAACACUUCCUCCAGUUGAAGAAACAACAACACUCGAUUCUCAGAAACCUCUUUACGCUGUCAUUAUUGAUGCCGGAUCGACUGGAUCUCGAGUAUUCGCAUUUCGUUUCCGCACUUCGACUGAGAAUGGCAGUCCAGUCUUGGAAAGCGAAUUGUUUCAUCAGGAGAAGCCGGGCUUGAGUUCAUACGCCGACAAUCCUAUCGAGGCGACGAAAUCUCUUGGAAUUCUUGUUGAAAAGGCAAAAUCCGCUAUUCCUUCCUCCGAAUGGGGCGACACUCCACUUCUUCUGAAAGCCACAGCCGGCCUUCGACUUCUUCCUGCUGACAAGGCGAAUCGAAUUCUAGAGGUGACGAGAAAUUUUCUUAACUCUUCCGGUUUUCAAUUGAACGAAAAUUCGGUGUCAAUAAUGGAAGGUGUUGACGAGGGAAUUUUCUCAUGGGUCACUGCCAAUUUCCUACUGGGACGAUUUAGUCAACAGGGCACGCAAAGUCUGGUGGCGGUUAUCGAUCUUGGCGGUGGAUCAACACAAGUUACCUAUCGUCCUAACGAGGAAAAUAUAAAAGCUUUAAACCACUCUAUUCAUAAUAUCAGUGUGUUUAACCAAAAAAUGAGUGUCUUUACUCACAGUUAUUUGGGCAUGGGACUCAUGGCUGCGAGAAAGGCAAUUUUGAUACCGAAAUCAGCAGCGAAAAAUGAAAAUGGAAUUGUCGUGGUGCACUCGAAAUGUUUUGAUCCAUUAGCUAAUGCUGCGUGGAAGUAUGGAAGUCAAGAUUAUGAAGUUAUGGGUUCAGCAGAAAAUGCACCAGAAGUUGACCAGAAUAGCACCAAAGAUGGGGACAAAAGUUCGUCUAAUAAAUUUGAAGAUUGUCUGAAUUUGGUUAAAAACUACACAAAUACGAUUGAAAAUAGACCAGUGGGUUUAAACAAAGAAGAUAUUUUUGCCUUUGCGUAUUAUUUUGACCGAACUUCUGAGGUUGGAUUGAUAGACCGAAAAAUGGGAGGAAAGAUUACGCUUGAAGAUAUUCAUAAAACUGCUUUAGAAGCUUGUAAUAUCGGGAAUCGGGAGCAACCAUUCAUGUGUCUUGAUUUAACUUACAUUUACUCCUUGUUGACAGAUGUUUACGGUCUUAAUCCAGAAAACAAUCUCCAGAUCAGUGACAGUAUUUCUGGUCAUCAAUUAAACUGGGCUUUAGGAUUGGCUUUGAACAUGUUACAAAGUAAAUUUUAAUAUUCAAAGGAGACGUAUUUUUUUUAAACAAAAUGCGUUAAAAUCAUUGUUAAAAUUUUUUAAUUUUGAAAAUUCUAUAAAUUUACAAUUAAAAACAUACACUGAAAAAAAAGUUCUGGUUGGAAUUACCAGAAAACCUGUUUUUAACUAGAAUUUCGUGUUAAAUAUGCCCUAACUAGAUUUUUUCUGGUUAGGUUAACCAGAAUUCUAGUUAAUUUAACCAGAAUUCUAGUUGUUUUAACUAGAAUAUCGUGUUAAAUAUACCCUAACCAGAACUUU